AGGGGGAGGGGGAGAGACAGAGUGUGGGGAGUUGUGCACAAGGACAUCUCUUUAGUCAGCGGUGGUGGAUUUGUCAGGAGAACAUUUGGAUGCAAGAAAAUAAUAAAAGCCAAACAAACAAGAGGGAUUGACACUAAAUAGGAGCAGCGAUGCGAUUGGUCAGCGUGGCGGGGGCGCGGCUCCGCAGGGCGGCCGAGGAGGAGGAGGAGAGGGAGCGUCCUCCUCCCCCACCCCCUUCACACCACUCCAACCAUCAGUUUGCUAGCAUGAAGAACAAGUUCUUCAAUGAGCUCACACACCUGCCAAUGCCCAUGUGGGCUGUGGGAGCCAUUGUGGUAGUGGUCCUUGCCCUUGUCGCCUGCUUAGGAUUCUGCAUCUACAAGAAGUGCUUCAACAAGGGCAAGAAGCCCAAGAAGGUCCGCGAAAGGAAGGCAGGACGAGGGCGCAGAAAGAAGGAGAAGGAGGGAGAAGAGGGAGAGGAGAAGAAGGAGGGAGAGGAAGGGAAGGAAGAGGAGGAGAAGGAGUACUUUGGCAAACUGGAGUACACACUGGACUAUAACUUUACUGAUAAUCAGCUGAUAGUCGGCAUCCUCCAGGCUCAGGACCUUCCAGCUAUGGACAUUGGUGGGACCUCAGACCCUUACGUCAAAGUCUACAUGCUGCCAGACAAGAAGAAGAAGUUUGAGACCAAAGUUCAGCGCAAGAACCUUUGUCCGGUUUUCAAUGAGACCUUCACCUUUAAGAUACCUUAUAAUGAGUUGGGUGGUCAGACUUUGACGCUGCAAGUUUUUGACUUUGAUCGUUUUGGUAAACAUGACGUCAUUGGUGAGAUCAAGAUCCCCAUGAACACCAUAGACCUUGGACAGCCAAUACAUGAAUGGAAAGAUCUGGUUGGAGGAGAGAAAGAGGAGCAAGAGAAGCUGGGUGAUAUCUGUAUUUCCCUUCGUUAUGUCCCCACGGCUGGUAAGCUAACAGUUAACAUCAUGGAAGCCAAGAACCUGAAGAAGAUGGACGUCGGAGGACUGUCAGAUCCCUUUGUUAAGGUGGUGCUGCAGCACAAUGGGAAGCGACUGAAGAAGAAGAAGACGUCAGUCAAACAAAACACUCUGAAUCCUUACUUCAAUGAGAGCUUUAGCUUUGAGAUCCCUUUCUCCCAGAUCCAGAAAGUUCAGGUGCUGAUCACUGUGUACGACUACGACAAGCUAGGCAGCAACGACCCUAUCGGCAAGUGCUGGAUCGGCUACGGUGCCUCAGGUGUUGGGCUGCGCCACUGGUCAGACAUGCUGGCCAAUCCCAGGCGUCCUGUGGCCCAGUGGCACACGCUGCAGCCUGAGGAGGAGGUGGAUGCUGCACUGAAGGCCCCCAUUCGCUAAAUACACUCAAAUAGACACAUAUACAUAUAUAGCAUGAUCUGCACAGGAGGGGUUUUCUUUCAUUUCUGACCAAGCAACCGUAGGUUUUUAUAAAAUUACCUGUAACUUGAAUAGUAAUCUUUCAUGUGCUUCAGUGUCACACCAACAUUCAUUUUGUAAUAUUUCAUUUUGGGAUCUAUUUGUAUGACUACAUGUGUGCUUUAUAUUUUAUUGAACACAAACCAUAGAAAUGCAUACAAAUUAUGUGCACUUGCAACACAGUCAGAUUUAUACAAACCUAUACACAGUACAGUGUAUAGACUCAUGCAUACUCAAACUGCACAUUUACACUGAAUGACCACUUCAGUGACUCACAUAUUCAGAAUUCAGCAGUUUAGUAUGGCACUUUCAGUUGGCAGAAUCACAAGAGACAGAUUUUUAAAAACAAGUUUGUUAAGAUCAAUGAAGCAGAAGCCAAGAUAUCCUGACUUUUAGUUCCUGAAACCCUGGAUCCCACACUUCCCAUAAUGCAGCUUGAUAAACCACAUUGAGAAAAGCCAAAUGACAUCAACAGAGUUAUUUUCUCAUAUGUUAAAAAGCUCAUCCAGAGCCACAGACAUUAUAUAGCUUUAUAAGCGGUACUUCCUGGGUUGAAUAACCUUAACGUCAUGUGUAAAAUUGGUGGAGUACCUCUUUACUGUUUAUUUUCUUGACCACCUUUACUUUUCUGAGUAACACCUCCUUCCAUGUCACCAGUAGUAACAUCAACUUCAUUUUAACAAUGUGGUAUGAUUAGAUCAAAGGAGAAUCAAUAGCCAUCAUUACAUUACUUAAUGGUUUGUUAGCAUUUUACUAAAACCCAAAUUUACAAUUCCCAAAAACCCUGUUACGUCCUGUAAGGUCCUUCCUCUCUCAGUGGUUUUACUGCAAGUUGAAUUUUUAUUUUCAUCAUCAACAAACUGCGAUGACCUGAAAGGCAAAAGUUACAUGACCAACAGUUUAGUCAAGCUAGCAUGGCCGCUAGUGAGCUAAUAUGCUAGCAUGUUUAAUACCCAUAAACUACUAUUAGCUGUACACCGACCACAUUGUGUGUUUGAACUAAUGGAGGUUCUGAUGGAGGUGACAAACCCACACAUUAGUGAAGGAAAAGUGGGGGAGAACUCAGAACUGUAAUAAAGAAAAUGAAAAGCAGAAUUGACCCUUAAGUGGUUGAAGUUUGCAUGAAAAUUCAUUAUGGGUAAAAUUUCUGAUUUGGGAGGGAUGUUAGCUUCUUUCAGUUUCAUCAUCAUUGUUUUUAUAUUAAUAUUAAUAAUAUUAAUUAUAAUCAAUUAUAUUAAUUAUGCAUUCUUUGUCAAAACUGAAGAGUGACUGGAGGUAAAAGAAUAAUGUGAGACAGGCAAACAGUUUCACUGCAUUCUUCCCUUUGCUGUAGAGACUUUUACAAAUUUUCCAUGGAUUAUUGCAUUGUGCACCUCUUCACUGAUCAGUCUGACAUUACAUUUGUUUUUCAGUUGUCAUAUGAACUUUGCCUUCCAGGUCAUUCUGCUGAGAAUCUCCCCAUUUCUCACUCACUCCACCAUUUGUUACUGUGGGCAUUACUCUCGAGGCAUUACUUAACAUGACAAGUAUUUACACUUGAGCAACAGGGUUUUCUUUUGUUCCUUAGAGCAUUUCAGCAGAUAUCCUGGCCAGAAUUAUGUCCACUCUGUGAGAAAGAAAAUAGAUUUUUUUUCUGUUUGAGUAAUACUAAUCUGCUCUUGCAGAGCUGGAAUGUGAAUACUUCCUCUAUGUUUUCGUCUUGUUUACCCUGAUAAUCCUCUCAUUUUCCAAGCAGUCUAAACUUUGUUUUUUCAAAUGAAAUUUGUUGAAUUUAGUUACAUGUUUUUAUUAAUUAUUGGUCUGUCUCUUUGUGGCUCCUUCUGUGCUUGUCUUUGAAUGAAAGGAGUUCCUGCUUGGAGUGUAUGGUGGCUGUGCAUAUUGAUGUGUGCGUGUGUGUAAUGUGUAUCAUUAAAAAAUGGAAAACCAUUUGUGGUUUCACUUUCGAUACAUACUAUGUGACUGCAAAGAAAUAGCUGAACAAUAAAUUAAAUGUUUCUAAACGCCAA